AUGGAAGCUAGGGCAACAGUCCAGAUGAGGAAAUCAUUGGGCAUAAAUUUUGAAGGAAAAGAAGAUGAAGCUAUAGAGAAAACUCUUCAGAUGGAAAUGAAGGAUUUGGAAAGGAUUAAAGGUAGUGGAAGGGCUUUCAAGGUAGAAGUGAAGAAGUCAUGGGAUGGUGUAGUUGAACAAAGAUGGGCUAGCAUCGGACUUAAGAGAAAGUUAGCUAAUCUUUGGGCCAAUCUUAGAAGGUGGAAAUCAGAGGUUUUUGGUAGUGUGGAUAUUCAGUUAAAGGAGGCAGAUGAGGAACAACAUGAGCUUGAUUUGGUAGCUGGAACAAGGAAUUUAUCAGAAGCUGAACUAACUAAAAAGAAGGAAGUAAGAAGUCAAGUGUGGAAUUUUAGUAAGAGAAAAGAGAGUUUAUGGCAUAAAAAAUCUAGAAUGGUGUGGGUUAAAUGUGGUGAUAAGAAUACAAGCUUUUUUCAUUUGAUGGCAAGCUCUAGGCAAAGGAAAAAUAUGUUGGAUUCAGUUAUGAAGGAAGUGGAGAGGUUAGUGGAUCCAAAUAGAGUAAAGCAGUCAGUCUGUAAUCAUUUUGAAAGAGUAUUUAUUGAGCAGUGGUGCUCUAGGCCUAAACUCUCUAGCCCAUUUUUAUCCAUUACUUUUGUACAAAAGGAAAGUUUGGAAGCAACAUUUACAGAGCAAGAGGUUUGGACAACUAUACAAGACUGUGAUGGUAAUAAGACUCCAAGGCCAGAUGGAUUUAAUAUGGCCUGCAUUCAAAAGUGCUGGAAGAUAAUGAAGAACGAGUUUCUACAAUUCAUGAAUGAGUUCCAUGAAAAUGAGAAGUGGUCUCAGGCCUAA